GGCCGUCGGCGGCGAGGUGCGCAGGCGCCCUGGGCGCUUGCUACCCGAAGCAGCCAUGGACGCCCUCGAGUCGUUGUUGGACGAGGUGGCCCUGGAGGGGCUGGACGGUCUGUGUCUGCCCGCUCUCUGGAGCCGUCUGGAGUCCCGCUCGCCUCCCUUCCCUCUGCCGCUGGAGCCCUACACGCAGGAAUUUCUGUGGCGGGCCCUGGUCACGCACCCGGGCAUCAGCUUCUACGAGGAGCCUCGGGAGCGACCGGACUUGCAACUCCAGGACAGGUAUGAGGAAAUUGACUUAGAAACUGGAAUUUUGGAGUCCAGGAGGGACCCGGUCACUUUGGAGGAUGUCUACCCAAUUCACAUGAUCUUAGAGAAUAAGGAUGGCAUCCAGGGCUCAUGCCGAUACUUCAAAGAGAGGAAGGACAUUACCAGUAGCAUCAGGACCAAGUGUCUGCAGCCUCGGUGCACAAUGGUGGAAGCCUUCAGCAGGUGGGGCAAAAAGCUGAUCAUCGUGGCUUCCCAGGACAUGCGCUAUAGGGCCUUGAUAGGCCUGGAGGGGGACCCUGACCUGAAGCUCCCUGAUUUCUCCUACUGCAUUUUGGAGCGGUUAGGCCGGUCCAGGUGGCAGGGAGAGCUGCAGCGAGACCUUCACACCACCGCUUUCAAGGUGGAUGCCGGAAAGCUUCAUUACCACAGGAAAAUUCUCAACAAGAACGGGCUCAUUACAAUGCAGUCACAUGUGAUCCGGUUGCCCACAGGAGCCCAGCAGCACUCCAUCCUCCUCCUCCUCAACCGGUUUCAUGUAGACAGGAGGAGCAAGUAUGACAUCCUCAUGGAGAAGCUGUCCAUGAUGCUGAGUACACGGGCCAACCAGAUUGAGACACUGGGCAAACUGAGGGAGGAACUGGGGCUAUGCGAAAGAACAUUCAAGCGUCUGUACCAGUACAUGCUGAACGCCGGGCUGGCCAAAGUGGUGUCCCUUCCCUUGCAGGAAAUUCACCCUGAGUGUGGACCGUGUAAGACUAAAAAAGGGACUGAUGUCAUGGUUCGGUGCCUUAAACUGCUGAAGGAAUUCAAGCGGAAGAUGGAAGAUGACCAUGACGAUGACGAUGAUGAGGAGGUCAUCUCUAAAGGCGUGCCUCCAGUGGACAUUGUGUUUGAGCGGGACAUGCUCACACAGACCUAUGAGCUCAUUGAGCGCAGAGGCACGAAAGGAAUUUCCCAAGCUGAGAUCCGAGUUGCUAUGAACGUGGGAAAACUGGAAGCAAGAAUGCUGUGUCGCCUCCUUCAGCGGUUCAAGGUUGUCAAGGGGUUCAUGGAAGAUGAAGGCCGGCAGCGGACCACCAAGUACAUUUCCUGCGUGUUUGCAGAGGAGAGUGACCUGAGCCGGCAAUACGCACGUGAAAAGGCCCGGGGAGAGCUGCUGACCACUGUGAGCCUGGCCUCUGUACAGGAUGAGUCCCUUGUGCCCGAGGGUGAAGAGGCCUUCCUCUCUGACUCAGACACUGAGGACGAGAGCUGUAGUGGGGGCAAGCGCAGAGGCCGAGGGUCCCGGGGACAUUCGAAAGCCUCGGGGGAUGCUGGGCCUGGCUCUCAGCCUCAUCACUCCACUCCGGCUAAGGGAGGGUGGAAAGUCCUUAACCUGCACCCAUUGAAGAAGCAGACAACCUCCUCCCCGGGUGCUGCUGAGGACAGAGCCCGCCGGAGCUCUGGCGCUAGGGAUGGCCUGGACACAAGCAGUUCCUCUGAGUUCAACGCAUCCUUUGAUCCCCACUGUGUGGAGAACCACAGUGGUGACAUUGCAGUGAUCGAGGAAGUCCGGCUUGAAAACCCCAAGGAGAGCAGUGGCUCCCAGAAGGCGGGGCCCCACAAAACAUACCGACUGCUAAAGCGCAGGAAUCUGAUCAUAGAAGCUGUCACCAACCUCCGCCUGAUUGAGAGCCUGUUCACGAUUCAGAAGAUGAUCAUGGACCAGGAGAAGCAAGAGGGUGUUUCCACCAAGUGCUGUAAGAAGUCCAUCAUCCGCCUGGUACGGAACUUAUCUGAAGAAGGUCUUUUGAGACUGUAUCGGACUACAGUUAUUCAAGAUGGCAUCAAGAAGAAGGUGGAUCUGGUUGUGCACCCAUCCAUGGACCAGAAUGACCCUCUUGUGAGAAGUGCCAUUGAGCAGGUUCGCUUCCGGAUCUCCAACUCAAGCAUGGCAAACAGGAUUAAAGUUCCACAGACUCCAGUGCCCCAAGAGGAGGCAGAAGAGGAAAGCCAAGAGCCGGAGGUCCCAACUGGAUCAGGGGACUCUGACCCAAAUACUUCCUCUAAGCCAGAAAGUGGGCGGGUGAAAAAGACGGAUGAGAAAAUGGGCAUAACACCACUGAAAAAUUACAAACCUGUCAUAGUUCCUGGACUUGGGCGGUCCAUUGGGUUCCUUCCCAAAAUGCCCCGCCUGCGUGUGAUGCAUAUGUUUCUGUGGUACCUGGUAUAUGGGCACCCUGCUGGCCACACGGGAGAGAAGAUGAACUUUGGCAGUGAACGUAAAGCCAGCAAGCAGGAAUCUAGUAGGCCAGGGGCCCAGCCCUCCUCUGGAAGUGACUGGGAUACCUCAGAAGCCAGAGACAACCCAGAAAGCAGCUCCUGGGAAGCUGAAAUGGAGCUCUCUUCAGAAAUUGUAUACGUGGAUGAGAUCUCAUGGAUGCGCUACGUCCCUCCCAUCCCAAUCCACAGGGACUUUGGCUUUGGCUGGGCUCUUGUCAGUGACAUUCUCCUCUGCCUGCCCCUCUCCAUCUUUGUCCAAGUUGUGCAAGUCAGCUACAAGGUGGACAACCUGGAGGACUUUCUGAACGACCCUCUGAAGAAGCACACACUGAUCCGAUUCCUCCCCCGGCACAUCCGGCAGCAGCUCCUGUACAAGAGGAGGUACAUUUUCUCAGUGGUGGAGAAUCUGCAGCGGCUAUGCUACAUGGGACUGCUGCAGUUUGGGCCCACAGAGAAGUUCCAGGAUAAAGACCAGGUCUUUGUUUUCCUGAAGAAGAAUGCAGUCAUUGUCGACACCACUAUCUGUGACCCGCAUUACAACCUGGCCCAUAGCAGCCGGCCUUUUGAGAGGCGUCUGUAUGUUCUGGAGUCCAUGCAGGAUGUAGAAAGCUACUGGUUUGACCUGCAGUGUAUCUGCCUUAACACCCCACUAGGUGUGGUACGCUGCCCAUGCUCGCAAAAAAUCUGCUCAGAUCAGGGCGGCGACCAGGAGGGCAACUUGAGAAAGGAACAGGAAAGCGCCGUGGACAAGCACAACCUGGAGCGCAAAUGUGCCAUGCUGGAGUAUACCACGGGGAGUCGAGAGGUUGUGGAUGAAGGCUUGGUCCCUGGAGACGGGCUGGGAGCUGCAGGGCUGGACUCCAGCUUCUAUGCACACCUGAAACGCAACUGGGUCUGGACCAGCUAUAUCAUUAACAAGGCCAGAAAGAACAAUACCCCUGAGAAUGGGCUCACAGGAAGACUCCAGACAUUCCUUUCCAAGCGCCCAAUGCCACUUGGGUCUGGAGGCAGUGGCCGCUUGCCACUCUGGUCAGAGGGGAAGGCUGAUACUGAGCCCUGUGCUGACAAGGAGGAGCAGUUUGAGCUGGAUCGGGAACCCACCCAGGGCAGGAACCGCAAAGUCCGUGGUGGGAAGAACCAGAAGCGAAAGAGGCUGAAGAAGGAACCCACCAGGAAAAUCAAGAGGAGGAGAAGAGGAGAGCACCCGGAAGCCAAAAGUAAAAAACUGCGUUACCAAGAUGAGGCUGACCAGAACGCCCUACGGAUGAUGACCCGGCUGCGUGUCUCCUGGUCCAUGCAAGAGGACGGACUACUCAUGCUCUGCCGAAUUGCCAGUAAUGUCCUUAACACCAAGGUGAAAGGACCAUUUGUCACCUGGCAGGUUGUACGGGACAUUUUGCAUGCUACCUUUGAAGAGUCCUUGGAUAAGACCUCUUACUCAGUCGGACGAAGAGCUCGCUACAUAGUCAAAAACCCCCAGGCCUUUAUGAACUAUAAGGUCUGCCUGGCAGAGGUGUACCAGGAUAAGGCACUUGUUGGUGAUUUCAUGAGCCGCAAGGAUAACUAUGAAGACCCAAAGGUUUGUGCCAAGGAGUUUAAAGAGUUUGUGGAGAAGCUGAAAGAGAAGUUCAGCUCUGGCCUAAGGAACCCCAACCUUGAGAUCCCCAACACACUGCAAGAGCUGUUUGCCAAAUACCGAGUUUUGGCAAUCGGAUAUGAAAAAGAUCGUGUCAGGAAAGAGGAUGAACUUAAUAGCGUGGAGGACAUCCACUUCCUGGUGCUGCAGAACCUGAUCCAGAGCACGCUGUCCCUCUCCAACAGCCAAUCCAAUUCCUGCCAGUCCUUCCAGAUCUUCCGCCUCUACCGGGAGUUCCGGGAGCCCGUGCUGGUUCGUGCCUUCAUGGAGUGCCAGAAGAAGAGCCUGGUCAACCGGCGCCGUGUCAGCCACACACAGGGCCCCAAGAAGAACCGUGCAGUACCCUUUGUGCCCAUGUCCUACCAGCUGUCCCAGUCCUACUACAAGCUCUUCACCUGGCGGUUUCCCAGCACCAUCUGCACAGAAUCUUUCCAAUUCUACCAGAGACUUCUGGCUGCCGGCAUGCAAGACCAGCCUGAUCAUUUUUCCUUCAAAGAUCUGGAUAACAGCGACCCCCCAAGUGAUCUGGUGGCAUUUUCUUUGGACAGCCCUGGAGGAAACUGUGUGACAACCCUGGCCCUCUUCUCCCUGGGGCUGCUCUCUGUGGAUGUCAGAAUCCCAGAGCAGAUUGUGGUGGUCGACAGCUCCAUGGUGGAGAGUGAGGUUAUGAAAAGCCUAGGAAAGGAUGGGGGCUUGGAUGAUGACGAGGAGGAGGAGGACCUGGAUGAAGGCUCGGGGGCCAAGCGCCAGGGUGUAGAGGUAAAAGCCCACCAGGCCUCACACACCAAGUACUUGCUGAUGAGGGGCUACUACACAAUGCCUGGCAUGGUCAGCACACGCAACCUGAACCCCAACGACAGCAUUGUAGUCAACUCCUGCCAGGUGAAGUUCCGGCUCCGCAGCACUCCUGCACCUACCCAGCUUGGGCCCACCCAGGGGUUCACAGCCACACCUCUAGAAGAGCUCCAGGUGGGACCCUCCUGCCUCCCCGACUCUUUCACCAGUCUGGUGGACCCCCAGUUGCGCACCUGCAGUCUAGAAGAGUUUGCCCAGCAGGUGGUGCUGUCUGGAUAUAGUCCUGAGGACGUGGUUGCCUCCCUGGACAUCUUGCAGGCUGUGGCUGCUGCCGACUGCUUUGGGGUUGACAGGGAAAGGCUAAGUAGGCAGUUCUGGGUCUUGGAGAAGAUAGCCGGUGAGCGCACCAGGACAUUCCAAGACUAUGUCCAGGACCUCUUGGAUCAGCAGCAGGUGAUGGAAGUCGGAGGCAGCACUGUGCGCCUGGUGGCCAUGGCCUCUGCCCAUCCCUGGCUCCUGCACUCAAUGCGUCUGAGAGACACAGAGCUAGAUGCCAAGGCCACAGAGGAUGACCCCCAAACCAGACUCCCUGAGGGGCCUGCCAAUGAGGACAGCACUUCUGAGGAGCAGGCCGUGCCUCCAGUCAGCCCCCACAGCACCAAAAAGCGUGUGCACUGCUCUAGUCAGAACCCUGAGGCUGAUGUGGAGGAGGCCCCAAGGCUCCCCACCAAGAGGCCCACACUACAGGACAUUCGCAUGGCGGCCAGCCCCUGGUCCAGGGCAGAACACACGCAGACCCAGGCCUUGACUCUGCUCACAGCUCCUGAAGAUGCAGGUGCAGGGGGCGCCAGGCAGGAGAACCAGGAAGGGGUUGGUGUCUCAAGCCUAGAACAACUGAGCUAUGAUUUCCAGCUUCCAGAAGGCUCUGAAGACCCAAGAGGACUUGGACUUUCAGAGAGCAACAUGGCCCAGGCAGCAUGGGAGAGUGGCUGCGAGCGUGUGUGUUUCAUUGGCCGCCCAUGGCGUGGUGUGGAUGGGCGCCUGAACGUGCCAGUGUGCAAGGGCAUGAUGGAGGCCGUGCUGUACCACGUCAUGUCCAGGCCGGGUGUGCCAGAGAACUGCCUACUGCAGUACUACCAGGGCGUCCUGCAGCCAGUUGCUGUGCUUGAGCUGCUCCGGGGCCUGGAGUCCCUUGGCUGUAUCCGGAAGCGCCUGCUGAGGAAGCCAGCGGUUGUCUCACUCUUCUCCAGGCCUGUGGUGGAGGGCCUCGGCCAGACCUCUGAGGCCGGGGCACCCUCUGGCUCCGGGAGCACCAUCGCUUUCUAUGAGCCUACACUGGACUGCACCAUCCGCCUGGGCCGUGUCUUCCCCCACGACAUCAACUGGAAAAGUGGAUCCAUUUAUAGGCCUUCCCUCCAAGCUGGUGGGCCUGCCUUUAUGCCACCCUUGGCAAAGACCACUGCCUAUGCUCUGCCGCUCAUCCUGGACUGUCCCAUGAGCCCUCUUCAGCAUAUGAAUGUUGAUGCAGCUCUGGUGGAUAACUUUGGUCCCCUCCACCCUGCUGCUCUAGCACCAACAGCAUCUGGAGAGGUGGCUGCUGUUGAGGGACAGAGGCUGCCACCACAUGAGUCAUCAGAGGUCACCAGCUCAGGCCACACCAUUCAGACUGGGAGAGGAAUGGCUUCUCGGAGACAGGUCACCAGGGGACCAUAGGACCUGUGUUCCUCCUCAGGCAGGGCAUCCCAACUCGUACUGGAUCUAGCCAGGGUCUCAUUGACUCCCAAGGGGAUCCCUGCCUGUCAAAAGUAAGGCCUGUAGGUAGAUUUUGUCCAUUUUACUUUGUCUUUUCUUUCCUCAUUAGAUACAAGCCCCCUUGGCAUGUAUUUAUUUAUUUUUUAAUUAAAGUUAAAUCAAAUGCGUUUA